AUCGAGGAUACGGACGGGAAGGUGGGUGAGAUAUCAAUCUGCUAAUGCCCAUACAUGCGUUCUUAAUAUGCAAAGUUAUAGAAGUUGUAUGGCAAGAGUAGGAUUCUUGCGGCAUCCCCCCUGAAUACUGUGCAUGCUUGUUUCCUAUGGAGACAAGCACUUGAAUGUCAGAUAUGAACGAGCAAGUGGAUCUCAUGCGAGAGAGGGAGUAUCCCAUGCUCAAAGAUGAAAUAUACCUCGACCAUGCCGGAACAACUCUAUACGCAAAGUCUCUCAUGGAGCGGUUCGCCACCGAAAUGAUAUCGAACCUCUACGGCAACCCCCACUCUGCUUCCCCAUCCUCCCAGGCGUCUACGGCGCGGAUUGACGAUGUACGGAUAAGGGUCCUGGAGUUCUUCAAUUCGGACCCGGUCGAUUUCGAUGUUGUCUUCGUCGCCAAUGCGACUGCUGGGAUAAAACUCAUCAUGGAUGCGUUCCGGUCGCGUGACGAUGGUUUCACAUAUGGCUACCACAGCGAUUCGCAUACAAGCCUUGUUGGCGUUAGGGAAACGGCUAUAGAAAGCUUCUGCCUUGGCAGCAACGAUGUUGAGGCUAUGAUAUCUGGGUCGCUGCCGUUUUUCAACCGUGGCGGGGACAACCGGUUGGCACUUUUUGCCUAUCCUGCACAAUCGAAUAUGAACGGAAGGAGGCUGCCACUCCGUUGGACAGGCCAAUUACGCACGGCAUCCGAAGGAAAGUCGAAGAUAUAUACGCUGCUGGAUGCGGCAGCUCUAGUGUCAACCUCGAAGCUAGACCUAGGUGAUGUCCGCAACGCCCCAGAUUUCACGGUCCUCAGCUUCAAUAAAAUCUUCGGCUUCCCAGACCUCGGUGCGCUGAUAGUGCGAAGAGACUCUGCAGAUGUCUUGCAGGGCCGCAAAUAUUUUGGAGGCGGAACGGUUGAGACUGUCGCUUGUAUCAAGGAGCAAUGGCAUGAGCCAAAGGUUGAAAAUAUACACGCGAGUCUUGAGGAUGGCACACUACCAAUGCACAAUAUUAUGGCUCUCGGAAUAGCCAUGGAUGUCCAUAAAGAGCUGUAUACGUCGAUGGAUGGGAUAUCCGAGCACACACUCUCUCUAGCACAAAAGCUCUACUCUAGCCUCAGGCUGCUGAAACAUGCCAAUGGGGCUGACGUAUGUCGGCUUUAUGUGAGAGAUGUGAAUUCCUUCGAGGGCAAGUCUACACAAGGUCCUAUUGUCACAUUCAACUUGAUGGAUAGUCAUGGUGCAUGGGUCAGUAACACCGAGGUCGAGAAGCUAGCUACGGUGCGGAAAAUACACAUCAGAACUGGUGGGCUCUGUAACCCCGGCGGCAUAGCCAACGCCCUCGACCUCUCUCCAUGGGAGAUCAGGAGAAACUUCUCCGCGGGUUAUAGAUGCGGCGGCGACAACGACAUCAUAUCCGGUAAGCCCACCGGCGUCAUCCGAGCCAGUCUAGGCGCCAUGAGCACCCACCAAGAUAUCGACCGAUUCAUCGAAUUCAUCCACGAAUUCUACGUCGAAAAAGCCCUCAACCCCUCCCAAAUCCCCCUCCCCCCCUCCACGGAGAACACACUCUACGUCGAAUCCCUCACCAUCUUCCCCAUCAAAAGCUGCGGCGGCCUCCCCAUCCCCCCCGCCACCGACUGGGAAGUCCGCCCCGAAGGCCUAGCCUGGGACCGCGAAUGGUGUCUCAUCCACAAAGGCACCGGCCAAGCCCUCAGCCAAAAGCGGUACCCCCGCAUGGCCCUCCUCCGCCCUUCCCUCAACUUCGCAACAGGCCACCUCGUAGUCACAUACCUUGACCAGAUUCUCAUCAUCCCCCUGUCCCCCGACCCCUCGCUCUUCGAACCUGCGCAGCGCGCCCUCGGCGCUCGCGUAUGCGGUGAUAAUGUCGCGGCGCAGACGUACACCCAACCGCACAUUAGCGCCUUCUUCUCCAACGCCCUCGCCGUGCCCUGCACCCUCGCGCGCUUCCCAGCCGGCGGCGCCGGCCUGUCAACUCGCCACUCAAAAGCGCACAUGCAGCGGCACCAGCGCUCCAAGAGGCCGCCAUCAUGGACCUCCUCCAUCCCCGGCGCCUUUCCCCCGACCCCGCCAGACUCGGAAAGCGAGUCCGCCAUGGCGCCGCGCCCGAUCCUCUUAUCGAAUGAGAGCCCGAUUCUCCUAGUGCACCGCGCGAGCUUAGAUGCACUUAACGCCACCAUCCGCUCCACCGGCGGGAAAGAGGCUGAUGCCGCAGUGUUUCGGGGGAAUGUGGUUGUUGGGUCUCGCGGCGGUGGGGAGGCGUAUGCGGAGGAUCAGUGGGGGGGGUGAGGAUUGGGGGGGUGGCGUUUAAGAUGCUCGGUGCGUGUCGACGGUGUUAUAUGGUGUGUGUGGAUCAGGUGACAGGGGUGAAGGAUGAGGAGCCUUUUGUGACGCUGGCGAGGACGAGGAGAUUUGAGGGGAAGGUGUUUUUUGGGGGGCAUAUGUGUGUUGACCCUGGGG